GUAGAUUGGCAGUGCGACGACGCUUCCAGUAUCUGGUGGUGUGGAUUCUAUCCUGCUGGCUAUGUGGGUGCUGAGUCCUGGGCCAUCGACUGGAAGGAUGACGAAUCUGGUUCGUGGCCAUCUCAGGAUUGGGAUCAGAAGCAGCGGGUGCAGUGCGCUGGUCAGGGCCCCCAGCACCAGCAGGGCGGACCCACUCAGGAAACCAAGGCGCUGGCGGAGCAAGCGGCCGCCGCAGAGGUUCUCGCAGCAGGAGCCAGUCGCACCACGACCGAGGCGCACGCGGCAGUGGCCGAGGCUCGCAAGGACAGAGGUUUCUUUCCGAGCAAGAGCAGGCCGAGGGGAGGCGCGUCGAGCAAGAAAGGCAAGGGAUGUUUGAUCCGUGGCCGGCCUGAUCACCGCUGGCGCGAGCGUCCUGAUCGCCGCUCGGCCAAUGACAAGCAGGUCGCUCCCAAGGGCGAGGGCUUCGGAUCCCAGGGCGGCCCGGAAGGCAAGGCCAGUUUCGGCAAGAACAAGGGCCAGCCAUCGCAAUGCAUGGGGUGGGGUAUAUUCGAUCUUCACGUGAUCUGGCCCAUGUCCAACCUCGCGUCGCGCGAGCUGGCGCCGGACUGCGGGGCGACUACUCUGGGUGGAAGCAGAGGCGCGGUGGCCUCGCUCGUCGAGGCGGCGAUGAGUGAGUAUCCGCGGGCCGAUUGCCGCAUCGACGGAGACGGGGGGCCGUGGUUCAAGCUUGCACAUGGAGAGUGGGGUCAGGCUAUGUCCGAGGCGUGGCUCCAUUCGCCUGCGGGAUGGCUCGGCGCUCAUGUUUUGGACGCCGACGACGUGCCGGUCUCGACGGGGGUCGGUCGGUUGAGCGCGCGCGACGUGGCAUCCAGGAGCAAUUCCCUGCAGCUCUACGACCGGGAGGGCAAGCAGGCGGAGGCGGCGGGUCUGCGCCGAGGCCGCUCUGGGCGCAGGCUCCUGGACGCGCCGGGGCCCCUGCGGCCCAGGGGGCCGACCAGCCGUGGGCAGCGCGCCGGUGCCCGAGACUUCCUUGGGCACGCAGAUGGCCAGGGCCCGCAGAUUCCAAGCGACGGUUACGUCUCGAGCGAGAUCGCGGCCGCGAUCUACGAGGAGAUGACCUGGGUCGAGGUCGCAGGCGUGAUCUUCUUCGACCUGGCGACCCGGGCGACCGAGGGAAACGCCGACAUGAUCCCGCUCGCGACCGAGGGCUUUUCGGGGAACUACCGCAGUCAUUCGCAUCCCGAGGUGGCGCAGCAGGCGUGGGGCGAGAUGGCCCAGGACGACCCGGGGCCGACGGCGACCUUGGUCAGGCACCUGGCCAACGAGCGCGGUCCGUCGAAGCACAAGGGCAGGGUCAUGAUUGAGCUGGUGGCAGACGCGACGCACUCCCGUCAAGACGGGCCGAAGCGCGUUCCC